AUGCGUUCGCGCGUCGCCGCCGACAGCUUUGUGUCCGCUUCUUACUUGCGCGACCAGCUCCUCCUCGCGUCGCGCUCGAGCGAGAACCUCGUGGACGGCUGUGUCGGCGGCUUCUCCCGCACGUCGUCGCUGGCCGACCUGGCGUACGUCGCCGUGCCGGGUCUGACACAGCGCGUUGUGCACAACCGAUCGGUGGUGUCGCUGGCCAACCUGUCCGACAACUUUUCCGAGAUACCGGCGCACGAGUCUCCGGUCGUCCUCACCGGCGGCUCCUCUCGCCCGCUUGCCGGCGCGGCUGCCGUCGCCAUGCUCUCGACGCUAAUGUGCGGGUACAGCCUCGGGAGCAUGAACACGCUGGCCAAGCCGCUGCGCGCCGCGCUGGGAAUCCCUCCCGCAGCGCUCACGCCUGAGGGCGUCGCCAUCCCGCUGCCGUCCAACGACCUUCUCUGGUCGCUUAUCGUGUCCAUCUUUAUGCUUGGCGCGCUGCUGGGCUGCAACGCCACGACGGCGCUCACGGACCGUUGGGGCCGCAAGACGUACCUGCUCUGGGUCACCGCCGUCUUCUUCGUCGGCGCCCUCCUCGAGGCAGCGAGCGCGCUGCCCGAGUGCGCCGUCGCCGGCGGGUGGCUGGUCUGCUUCGACCGCGUGCUGCUGCUGCUGCUGGGCCGGCUCGUGUCCGGCAUCGCGUGCGGCGGUGCCGCGGUGGUAGUCCCGCUCUACCUCGGCGAGGUCUCCCCCGCCCACCUGCGAGGCGCGCUCGGAACCGCAAACCAGCUCGCCCUCGGCCUGGGGAUGCUCGCCGCCCAGCUGCUCGGACUGCCGGCCGGACUCGGCACUCUGCAGGGCUGGCCCGUCCUGCUCGGCCUGCCCGCGCUGCCCGCGCUGCUGCAGCUCCUCUUCCAGCCCCUCCUGCUCGAGUCGCCGCGGUGGUACGUCCAGCUACGGGACCGCCCUCCCGACGACCUGGAGGUGCAGGAGGAGCUCUACUGCAUGCUCGAGGCGGCGCGGCGCGGCCACGACCUGCUCCAGAUCCAGCUCGAGCGCUCGCUCACGCGAGCCUCUUCCCACUCCUCGUGCGGCUCCAACCUAGGCGCCCAGUCCCAAGCGAUGGGCGCCACCGGCUGCGGCUCGGCCCUCCCGGCCGCGCACAUGAGCCUCGACGACGUCGCUCAGCUCCGGGCGCCGCCCAUCUGGCAGGCGGUGGCAACGCAGCCCGCCGUGCGCCGCGCGCUGCUCAUCACAGUCAGCCUCACCGCGCUGCAGCAGCUCUCUGGCGUGGCAAACCUCUUCAACUUCUCCUCCACCUACCUGCUCGCCCGCGGCUUCUCCGACGCCACCUGCGCGAGCGUCGCCGUCGCCGUGCACGCGAGCAACGUCUGCGCCACGCUGCUGACCGCCCUGCUCAUGGACUACCUCGGCCGCCGGCGUUUGCUCCUCGCCUCCACGUUCGGCGCAGCCGCCUGCGCCGCACUCCUCACUUUGGCGGCCGCCAGCCCGCUCGAGCCGUGGGCGCCGCCGCUCUGCAUCGCGGCGGCAGCCGGUUUCGUCGGGUCGUUUGCGCUCGGCCUCGGCCCCGUCGCAUUGCUGCUGCCCGCAGAGGUUUUCCCCGCGGCGUACCGCUCGACGGGCGCCGCGCUCGCCUCCUCGGUGCAUUGGACGGCGCAGUUCGCGACGACCUUCGUCUUUUUGCUCCAAGCCGAACGGCUCGGGGCGGCCGCUUUCGUGCCGCACGCUGCCCUGCUGCUCUUCGGGCUCGUUUUCGCGGCCGUCCACGUGCCCGAGACUCGAGGUAAGUCGCUCGACCAGAUUGAGAAGGAGCUCUCCCGUUCUUGA